AGCAAAAUGUUUUGAUUUUCCUUACAUUGCAUCAAUGAAUACGUUUGAAGCACCCAGCUAUUAUCAACACCUUUAAAGCUAACGUAGAGAUCUAGCGAAGAGAUAAGAUAACCGUAUUUGCUUCGUGUUUGCGAAAUAGGGGCGAAGUAAAAUAUCAGUCACAGUUACCGAAAUUAUCGACACUGUACGUAUGGCAUUGGUAAUUUUCUAACAUUUCUAAAGAUUAGAUAGCAUGCUAUGGGUUAGCUAUCCAGUUGCACGAUAAAUUAAAAACGUCGAAGCUAAAGUGCAAGAGAAUUGUCCCGGCAGCAACUGGGGCAUCAAAGAAGAAGUGCAGGGGUGUAGGUGGUUGGUUCGGAACGAUGGAAACUCCUUGUAAAAUAUUGAUACUGUUAGUGCUGCUCUGGUGCGGUAUCGGUGCCAACUCAGAGGAUGUAUCAUCUUUAUGCAGCAGGUGCACCUGCUUGAUAGCGAAUCAAACGUCAGCAGUUAUGAGCUAUGACCUGCUAGACUGCUCCCGUAGCAAUCUGCAAAGCAUGAUCACAGAAUGGCCGGAACAAAUCGACACCAAUGAUCCGGAGCGUGAGAUCGUAUUUUCCUUAUCAGGAAAUAGCAUCGAAACGCUUGAGCAGCUGCCGGCCACUAAUACGACGCUGGUGUUCACUUGUAGGCAUUCUAAGGUGAAAAGUCUGGCCAAUGGGCUAUUCAUAGACUCUCCCAACGUCUUACGAGUCGAUCUAAGCUGGAACAUGCUGGACGGUGAGCAAUUAACCGCCGAGGUGUUCCGUGGUCCGUACAAUGAUCACGAAAACACUCGCGCACUGUUGCUGGACGAGCUGGACUUGCGAUCAAACGCAAUAACGUAUCUGUUGGAAAAUGCGUUUGAACAUAUCACCAGCCUGCGUCAGUUAUCUCUCGCGCGUAAUCCCCUUAAGCAAAUCACGCAGGGAACUGCCAAGGCUCUCGCUCAGCUGGUUAACAUCGAGAUUUUGGAUCUGUCGUUUGCAUCACUAACGGAUAUUGAGGCAACGGCGUUUGUCGGGAUGCAUGGUUUACGUGAACUCUACUUGCAAGGAAACCAACUAACAGAAUUACCGGAAGCUAUCUUUCAGUUGAGUGCAUUAGUAUCACUACAUGUAGGCGAAAAUCCUAUCGAAAUACUGAAUAUUCCAAGUCCGCUUGACCAGCUACAGCACCUGAACAUCAGCAGCAUGCCGUUUCUUCACACCAUUGAAGUAGAAUCUUUUCAAAAUAUAAAAUCACUGCAGACAUUAACAGGUCGUAACAAUUCGGCGCUGGAAAUUUUUGAUUUAAGUGUACUGCGUCAUGUGGCUGGUUUGCAAGAGCUCGACUUAUCGCAAUCAAACUUAAAACAUCUCAGCACACCAUUGGAAGAAGGAUUCCACGAAGAGCUACCACAACCCGAACCGAAGCCGUACGUUAAUGUCUUGGAAGUGUUGGGACUGAGAGAAAACCCCUGGCACUGCGACUGCGAUCUGCAACAGAUCCUGAAGCAGAUCAAUUACCAACGACUGUUGGAUCCUGACGAGGAGACACGAUGUGAGACGCCAUACAUGUUCUCUUCUCUGCACCUCACCGAUCUCGAUUAUAUCGAGGUGUGCGAUAGUCCCGCCAAUGAUGGACCUAAAAAUCCCGGCUACGAAAAACCCGCUUUUCUGCGCCCAAGGGCCAUUUUCCUAUCACUGCUAUCGGUGGGCGUGGUGCUCGGGUUAGGUGUCAUUAUAGGGUUAUUUAUUGUUUGUCUCAAACGCAGACUCAAAAAUAAUAGGAUUGCAUUUUCAUCUUCGGUUCGAUACACAUCGGUUCGAGAAAGCACUGCAUCCAAGGGGCUUCCAAGAGGCGCAAUAGCGAUACAAUAUGUGUAUGAAUAG